UGUCCUGUCAUUUGCCUGGUGAGAAUACAGUGUAUUCAAAUGUUGAUUCUAACGUGGAGGAAGCGGUUGAGUCUAGCAGUUCCCAAACCUCAAUGUUGUUAGCAUGGAUGGAUCUCAAUCUUCAGUCAAUGGAUGCACGGAAAUAUACUUUUGCGGAGAUGCCACAAUAUUAUGUAUGGAAUAAAAAAUACAAGAAGUGGUAGCAGCGCAAAAAAGGUACCUGCAUUGCUAGAUUAUAUUACUGCUACCCAUCCGCAAAGGAGCGAUACUAUUUGCGAAUGCUAUUGCAUGUUGUUAGGGGUUGUUGUUCUUAUGAUGAUAUUAGAACAGUGAAUGGGGUGGUAUAUGAAACAUUCCAAAAAGCAUGUUUUGCUCGGGGACUGUUAUCUGGAGAUUCUGAAUGGAAUGAUUGUGUCCAAGAAGCUUCGCACUGGGCUUCUGGUUAUAAACUUAGAAAACUUUUUGUCACAAUUCUUAUUCAUUGUCAGGUGGCUGAUGUGACUUCUUUUUGGUUAAAGAAUUGGGAAUUACUAAGUGAAGGCAUUUUGCAUUCACGACGUAGAGAGCUGAAUUUACCCCAGUUGAAUUUGUCGGAGGAUGAAAUUAAGGAGUUGUGCCUUAUUCAUAUUGACAAAUUGAUGGAGAGAUUUUCGAAGUCAUUAGCAGAUUUCCCUGGGUUGCCUGUUCCCGAUCAGUGUUUGCGUUCACAUACGGUAAACAGGCUGAUAGAUAUGGAGAUGAAUUAUGGACCCGAUGACUUAGACUGUUCUGAGGAUCGACAUAGUAGACCGUUGAAUGGAGAACAACAAAUCGCUUACGAUAUGGUAUUACAUUCUGUUUAUACCAAUGAGGGUAAAUGCUUUUUUGUGGAUGGAUUUGGGGGUACUGGUAAGACAUUUCUGUGGCGAGCAAUUUGUGAGCAAUUAAGAUUUGAGAAGAGGAUAGUAUUAUGUGUUGCUUCAUCUGGUAUUGCUGCACUGCUCAUGGUCGGUGGAAGAACUGCACACUCAAGAUUUCACAUUCCCCUGGAUUGUGAUACAAAAUCAACUUGCAAUAUUGAGCAAGGUUCUGAGGUAGCUGAAUUGAUUCUCAAUGCUUCACUUAUUAUCUGGGAUGAGGCACCGAUGGCUCAUAAACACAACAUAGAGGCCCUAGAUAGGACAUUGAGGGAUAUUUUCCGAGUUAAGCAUGUUGAUUCUGAGUUGAAGCCUUUUAGAGGUAUGACUAUUGUGUUUGGAGGUGAUUUCCGACAGACGUUACCUAUCAUCACGAAGGGUACACGGACUGAAAUUGUUAAUUCUUCCAUAAAGAGAUCUUAUUUGUGGCGGUCUAUGACAGUAUUGAAGCUAACCGAGAACAUGCGAUUAAAAUUGCCUCAUUCUGAAGCAUCGGCCAGGUUAGCAAUCUCAAAUUUUAGCAAAUGGCUUUUGGAAAUUGGUGAUGGUACAAAUAGUAAUAUUUUUGGAGAAUCAAUUAUCCCGAUACCUCUACACAUUUGUGUUCCCCGUCGCAGUGAUCCAAUUCCUGAUAUUGUUGCUGAAAUAUAUGGUCAGUUACUCUCCACUGAAAAUAUGUCAACCUAUUUGGUUGAGCGAGCUAUCUUAGCCCCUCAUAAUGACACUGUUGCGGCCAUUAACAAUUAUGUAUUGGGUCUAUUUCCUGGUGAAGAAGUUUCUUAUUUUAGUUCGGAUUCGCUAGAGAUUGAUGCCAAGAAUCAGCAUGUUGAAGAAGGGGACUACACAGUUGAAUUCUUGAACUCUUUAAAGAUUGGGAAUUUUCCGGAACAUGAGUUGAAAUUGAAGUUGGGGUGUCCUGUUAUUUUGCUUCGAAAUUUGGAUCAGAGUACUGGGCUUUGCAAUGGAACUCGGAUGAUCGUUAAGAGAUUAGGUAAGUGGUUUAUUGAGGUCCAAAUUUUGACCGAGACACAUGUUGGUGAUACAGUUUUCUUACCACGCCUAAGUCUAUCGGUCCACUACAAGAGCUUAAAUUUCACUCUGGUUCGAAGGCAAUAUCCAAUUGCACUAUCAUAUGCAAUGACAAUUAACAAGAGUCAAGGUCAAACAUUAAAUCACGUUGGCAUCUGCUUGCAAAGACAAGUAUUUUCUCAUGGACAGUUGUAUGUUGCUAUGUCUCGAGUUACGUCGGAAAGGGGACUCAAGAUUCUUAGCUGUGACUCUCAAGGUAAACCGGCGAAUACUAUGCAGAACAUUGUGUUCACUGAGAUUUUUGAGUAGUGGUUUAUUGAUGUAUUAUGUUUUAUUCGAUUUGAGGACUAAGACUGUCAAAUUUAUCGGGUCGUUACAAUUUGAAUCUUGAGUUCUCAAUUUGUCCAAAUUAUUUUCCUGUUUUUAACAGCCAAUUAUAUGAAAUGUGAUUUAUGCACACUACUUUAUAUUUAAUUGUACCUCAAUUUACUCUACCGAAGGGUAUGCGAGUGUGACCGUUAUAUUGCAAUACGAAGAAUAACUUCCAUAGUCGCAACUGAACUAAACUAAAUUAACACCACAACUCAGCCCACAAAACAACCCAAGCAUGGUUCAGUUAAAUAAAAUAUAGUUAGAGAGGGAAUGCCCAGCCGGAUUUGUUGAAACUAAAUGGCCAACCUAUUCCCAUAAAAAAAAAAAGGCCAACCUACACUACCUUGGGCGGAUCCUUCUCCACUCCCCCACUCCCCCACCUCCUCUACUGCCCAGUAUCCGAUUUUUUUGGAUCUUCUAUGAGGUGAAGGCUGCCGCAUUCCAAGCCAUUAUUUCUUUAUUAAAUACAUUCAUUAUGAUUUUCAUUUCAUGUUAAUUAGUGGUGGUGUGGGCCGGGCCGGCCGGGUUGGCGCAUCAAAUAAUAAUUAGCAACUUUGAGAGGCAAUUUUGGACAAGAAUUGUUGACACAGUCGCAAUUAGCAAUGUUGUUAAAACGGAACCGGACAUCGAUCCAGAUUAGUAAAGGGUUCAAGGUUUAUCAAAUAACCGGUGGUUAAUCGAUAUUAAAAACCGAUCAUAAACCGGUGUUGACUUACUUGGUAGACUUAACAAUUAUUUUUUUUUACAAUUAUUGUUUCACUUAUUAGAGAUAAAAGAAUAAAGUGAGAAUUAUUAAAACUGAAAAAGCAUAAUUUGGGCGGCUGCUAGGUCUUUUUUGGGAAAAGUGAACUGAUUUUUCUUCUCUUUAUAUUUUAUUAUGUACUUACCUUCUUUUGUUUUUGAAUUUUUAAUUGCAACAAAAUAAAAGGAAGGCGCAUGUUUGAUUUUAAGAAGGUGGGUUGUUCCCCUAAAAAAAAAAAAAAAAAGAAGGUGGGUCGUGAGUUCCAUGACACACCCGCCUCUUGAACUCUAAAUGGCCAACCUUCUCCACUCCCCCACGAGGCCACAAAUCCUUCUCCACUCCCCCACUAUCCCACUUUCCACACACACACGUACUCCACUGCAUGCGGCCAAAUAAAUCACAUGUGUAGAA